AGUUCUCUUAAACCCAGUGCACGUCCAGCGUGAGCUAUCCUAGGGCCGGGGAGGACGAUAGUCAACUUGCAAGCUUAGAGAUACUGCUCGUCAGUAGCCCCUCUCCCUAUUACGAGCUUCCUCCGUCUGUGGUUCAUGACUGUUGCAGUCGGGGACACGCACGCAUUAGCGCUCAUCAUGCCGGUUCGAGCUGAGCGCUGCAGCAGCACCGCUGCGGCCCGUACAUCCUCGGACUCUCUUAUCCCUCCCCCGCCGAUCAACACGCACCAGCCCGGGGUAGCUACUACGCUGCUGUACAGCGGUUCACAGUUUCGAGGGCAUCAGAAGAGCAAAGGAAACUCGUAUGACGUUGAGGUCGUUUUGCAGCAUGUGACCAUGGAGGACUCUUAUCUGUGUGGUUACCUGAAGAUCAAAGGCCUAACCGAGGAGUAUCCCACUCUUACCACGUUCUUCACAGGAGAGAUCAUCAGUAGAAAGAGGCCCUUUUUAACCAGGAAGUGGGACGCCGACGAAGAUGUGGACCGCAAGCACUGGGGGAAGUUUCAGGCUUUUUAUCAGUAUGCAAAGAGCUUCAACUUGGACGACUUCGAUUACGAAGAGCUGAAGAACAGUGAUUUUGUCUUUAUGAGGUGGAAGGAGCAGUUCCUGGUCCCGGACCAUACCAUUAAAGACAUCAGCGGGGCGUCCUUCGCUGGUUUCUACUAUAUCUGCUUCCAGAAGUCCACAGCCACCAUCGAGGGCUACUACUACCACAGAAGCUCUGAAUGGUACCAGUCGUUAAACCUCACCCAUGUCCAGGAACACAGUAUGCCCAUCUACGAGUUCCGGUGAUACCCGCCCCCUGGCAUCGCUGGCAGAGCAGGGGACAUUGAUUGGCACUGCCCUAGACACUCAUGGAGGGGGAGAUGAACUGACCAAUCAAGCCAAGGAUGUACCUACCAGUCGUCUCUGCCGAAAGGGAGAGAACGAUGGAAAGACUAGAUGGAUGGAGGGAGGGAUAGACAAAGAACAAGGCCACCGACCGACCGACAUACGUACAGUUCUUCCCAGCCUGCCUUUCUAGACUUUGCAUCAGUUUCGAUCAGCAGCACUGUUUUUGGUUUCUCUUCCCCGCUCUUUCUCCUUUCAGCAUCUUGUUUUUGAAGCUACUUUUCCUCCUUUUCCUCCAUGUUGAAAACACUCUCCCCUUUUCAGUUGGGGAUCUAGAAUCCUUGUUUGUUUCUUUAUUUCCCC